UCUCCGUAUUUUUAGGUUCCGUAUCUCCAUCAACGUAUCUCGCUGAUGGAGCCUUCAUAUACUCUGGAUAUUUCUGCUUCUCCUAUUUAUCAUUCACUAAUUAACGCUUUCGAUAAUUUUCACACGGAUUUAUGGGUAUUACGAUCAAUUUUCUUUAUGGCGGCGAUAAUUUUGAUAUGGAAUCGUGCCAUAAUAUCAUACAAAUUAACUCAUAAAUCUCUUAUUGAUCCAUAUAAAUAUCCGAUUACUUCUUCGUUUUCUCUCUUUAAGAAGUCAAAACAACCACAACAAAAUGUUUUGAACAAUUAUUUGGGCAGAGGAUUGAAAUUGGAUGUCUCGGCUGUCAAGGCUAUCAGGGAUACCUACUGUGAUUCUCCUUCAGGAAGUAGUGAAAAUGCUUUACCACUUUCUCGUACCAGAUUUGAGUUGUUGUAUGAAACUCCUGAAAGGUAUGCAAACCAAAGGCGUCCGCAAAUGGGGAGUUCAAUUGGGGAGAUUAGGGAGCAAAGGGUGGAAGGUCUGACAACUAUUUCUAAAGUACCUUCCCAUUCUACUCCCAAAAUUUAUAAUCAAGUUGCAAAUGAGAAGAAACGAGCAAAAGGGAUUGAGGAUGAAUUUCAGGAUAUACAAUUUCAGUUAGUGAAACACAAAAAAAAAAAAAAAAGGUUGAUGGGGCAGAUAGCAAAUUUGAAGGUAUUGUAUGUUUGUAUUUAAGAUUAUCCCAACAUCAGUUAUACUUGUAAUUUUUAUCAGUUGUAGUUGCUUUUUUAAUUUAUUUUUAUAAGGUAUAAAUAUCAAAAUAAACUAUUAAGUCAAAAUUAGGACUCAUUCUUAUGAGUUAAAAAUAUAUUUUGUGUAGAUUUGGGAUUUUUAUUUCAAACCGGAAGAUCAUUCUAAAGUAAAGAUUGCAGCCAACAGUAAUAUUAGCGUGAUUGAAAAUUUGAGGAAGCAGUUGUAACGACCCGACUGGUCGUUUUGAGCAAUUGCGUCUGGUUCGGCAGUUUGAGAUCACGAGCAGCUUCAUAUUAUCUGUAUCGACUUGCGUGCGUGGUUGGAUUUUGUUUUCGUAUUAAUCGGAGUCGAAUUGGAAGAAGGAAUCUAGUUUUGGAAGCUUAAGCGAUGAGAGUUUGACCGGAAUUAGACUUUUAAGUAAACGGCCUCGGAAUGAGUUUUGGAUGAUGUCAGUAGCUUCGUAUGGAGAUUUUGGACUUGGGCGUGCGUUCGGAUUUGAAUUUGGAGGCCCGUAGGAUAAUUGGAGGCAUUUCGGUGAACGUUGGAAAAUAGAAGAUUUUUGGAAAAGUUUGAACCCGAGAUGGAUUUGGUGUU